AUGACUACUAAUGACGAGUCUUCUGUAAAGACGGCGAAUCAGAGUCAGACUAAGGCUGUAUCGUAUGUUCUGAAAGUCUACGUGCCAGGUCAGGCCGAGACCGCCAAUGUCGAUACUGUCACUGCUAGAGAGUCAAGUGGUAAAGAGCCAAGUGACACAGAGACGGUUGGUACAAAACUGGAUGCCAGUAAUGAGAAUGGUAAAACAAUUGAAGAGGACGGAGACCCUGAAAAUAGAAUUGCAAACAAAGUUGAAAACAAAGUUGCAACUAAAAUUGAAGAUAAAAUUGAAGAUAAAGAAAAUGAUAAAUUAGAGCUGUCAAACAGAGUGACACGGAGUCAGGUAUUUUAUGACGAGGAGAUUGUUGCAUAUUUCGAAUUGACUGGAGAAGAUGUAGAGGUGCUUGUGGAUACAAUUACGAUACAAGUUGAAGUAAAGGUAGUUGGACUAGCACCAUCUAGCCAAAAUCAAACCCGAAACUUAAAUCAUACUCCUAAUUCGCCAUAUCCACAGCCUCGAGACAGAGUUCAUGCCAUCUUCUCUCGAACUAUCACAAAAGAACAUCUCGUCAGUUCGACUGCUAAUGCUGCUAUUUGGUCACUACACAUACCUGUAAAUCAUCCUAGAUCUCGAUUACUACAACCUAAAUUGGUUAUUGACUCGGUAGCCAAGUUAGCGGCUGGUCAUGAUCUUGCUUUUGAUACCAGCAAACCGACCAGUGAACAAAUGCAUGGCAGUGACACUGAGGUUUCUUCAGUUAGAAACGUAGCAAUGAAAUCAAAGCAAUUUGAGGACUUGUUACCCAUUGGCAAAGCCAACUUAUUCGAAGCUCUAUCUUUUGGAGAGCCACAUUCUACAGAUGUAGUAGCCAGCUCUGCUGCCGCUGGAAUGGUCACAACCUCGACGACCUCAACAAUAGUCCAAAAGCCUCUACCACUGACUGAUACUGUAGUGACUCCUCCUGUUGUCAAUAAGGUAGGAAGUCGCAGAACCUCGCCUAUUUCUUCUCCACAUCUUGAUACUGACAAUGACGUCCAGUUAGCUUCAUCUGAACUCGUAAUUCCUGUAUAUCCAGCAUUGAACUUACGAUUGAGAUGUGCUAUAUUAUCGGGUGGAGGAGAUAGCGAAAAUCUUAUUGCAAGUAUUGAAAUUACUUGUGGAGAAACUGCCAAAGUCGAUGUGCUGAUAACUUCUGUUGGCCUGGAGCUGAACGAUGGCACUGUAUACCGACUGGGUCCAAUUCAGCUGCCUCAAUGGCUCCGACCUGGUGAAAAUCUCGUUCUCAGUUAUAGCAUAGAGGGAAUAUACGGCACCAGUGGUGGAAGAGCCACUCCUGUUACUAUAAAUAUCGACUGCUUCCCGUCUAUCAACGGUAUUGGAAAGGAAUCCAACUCUUUAGAACCCCAGCCAUCAUCUCCCCAUGUCAAGACUAAAUGGGACACGACUGUUAAUUUUGAAAAUGCCAAUAACUCAUUAGUACCCACGGCGGUACAAUCACCACUAAUAAACAAUACAAAUUCGCAUGACACUGUCCCCAUUCGACGAGCAGGACGGCCACUUAAUCGGACCUCGAGCAACCUGUCACUAAACAGUUCAAACGCUGCUGCUCGAACCACCCGUCCAUUGCUAACGAAUCUCACCUUAUCUUUUACUGGUCCAAGUGCUGUCAAAGUUGGCGAGACAUUCGAAUGGAAAGUAUUUGCCGUCAAUCGUGCUCCGGUCACAAGGAAUCUGACAUUAUUCUUUCAAUCUCGCGAAACACCUGUUUCCAGUGACAGGAUGGCUACCAUUUCUACACCAACAUCAGCAACCUCUAAAAAUAUUCAAGCAUUUCCUGUUAUAGACCGCUCUGUUCUCAAACGUAUGGUCGGCUCACGUACUGUUCAGGACAAGGGAAUUGUUUGUUUGGUGAACGAUGUACGAAUUGGCCCUCUGCUGCCUCAAGCCUGCUUCGAGGCUACUAUCACCAUCUUGGCUUUGUCCCCCGGAAUUCAUACCCUUGGUGACAGCACUCUCGUUGACCUCAGCAAUGGACAAGGUUAUGAUUGCGGACCGCUGCUAGAAGUCGUCGUCAGCAAAUAG